UUGUUCUUUGGGAAAUUGUGGUGGGGCUGUGGCCAAGAUCGCGAAGUUUCCAAAAGCGCGGGCAACAUCCGGGCGCCUGGGGCCCUCGAGCUGAGGCGCGCAGAGUGGCUGACAUUUUUAGGGAUUGCAGUCAUGCUGAAGUGCGGGAUGAGCGGCAGUCAGGCGAAAGUAUUUGGGAAAGCGAUCCAAGCACUCUCACGAAUUAGUGAUGAGCUGUGGCUAGACCCUUCUGAAAAAGGUCUUGCUUUAAGAUCUAUGAAUUCUUGUCGGUCAGCAUAUGGAUGUGUCCUCUUCUCGCCUGUGUUUUUUCAACAUUAUCAAUGGUCAACCUCGGUGAAAAUGAAUGAUGGUGACACAAUAUCUAAUUUAAAUUGCAAAUUGGGAAUGAAGUCAAUUCUGCCUAUCUUUAGAUGUCUGAAUUCCCUCGAAAGAAAUGUAGAGAAAUGCAAAAUAUUUACCAGAUCUGAUAAGUGCAAAGUAGUUAUUCAAUUCUUCUGCAGACAUGGUAUUAAAAGGAUUCAUAAUUUGUGUUUUCAAGAAAGUCAGCCUUUGCAAGUUAUUUUUGAAAAGAAUAUGUGUUCUAAUACACUAGUGAUUCAACCAAGAGUGCUUGCUGAGGCAACUGUUCUUUUUACAUCGAGUCAAGAGGAAGUUACUCUUGCUGUUACUCCACUGAACGUUUGCAUUAAGAGUUCUAAUGAGGAAUCAAUGGAUUUGACCAAUUCUGUAUACAGUGAGAUGUUUGUUGGGCCAGAUGAGUUUGACUUCUAUCAAAUUGGAGUCAACACUGAAAUAACAUUUUGCUUCAAAGAACUGAAGGGAAUGCUGACAUUUUCAGAAGCUACACAUGCUCCUAUAGCCAUUCAUUUUGAUUUUCCUGGGAAACCCAUGGCUUUAAGUAUUGACGAUAUGUUAUUGGAAGCCAACUUUAUUUUGGCUACAUUAGCUGAUGAGCCAAGUAGAGCAUCUUCUCCACAAUCACUGUGUCUUUCACAAAAACGAAAAAGGUCAGAGCUGAUACAUUCAAAUUCAGAGGCUGGUAAAAAUGUAACCAGCAAGGACGCAGAGUAUAUCUCGAGAAAAGCAGUACCCAAAAGGCUUUAUUCUGAGACUCGCACGAAAGUCUCUUCAUCGGAAAACCGUGGCAGCCCAUUAACGGAAAGAGCGAACAGAGACAUUAGUGAAGUACCAGAAAGCAGUGUCAGUGACACGGAGGAAGUGCCAGGAUCUUCACAUCUCAGGAAGUUUUCUCGCAUGUUCUUUGGAGCAGUUUCUUCUGACCAACAAGAACACUUCAACCACCCUUUCCACAGUCUGGCAACAGCAAGUGACAGUGAAGAGGACGUGAAUAAUGGCAGUUUUUCCACAUUCUAACAAUGAUGGCUGAGCUGGCCCCCUACCCAUUUACUGGCUCACUUGCACCUCAAACACAUUUUCACACUUAAGCCUAUGAAGAUAUUGUCUUGGACUUCCUUGAAAUGGAUAAUGGGCUGCUAGUUUUCUAAACAUCUUCUUAUACAACAACCAUAUCUAGAAAUAGCUGCUUGUCAAGUAAAUGUAAUUUGCUUUAAAUCCAUUAUACUUCUUGGGAGGGAGAAGAGUUUUCUGUGCAGGGAAAAAGCUCAUUAGAAUUCUUCAAUUCAGGGACUUCCCUGGUGGUGCAGUGGUUGAGAGUCCGCCUGUCAAUGCAGGGGACAUGGGUUCAAGCCCUGGUCUGGGAAGAUCCCACAUGCUGUGGAGCAACUAAGCCCGUGUGCCGCAACUACUGAGCCUGCACUCUAGAGCCCAUGAGUCACAACUACUGAAGCCUGCGUGCCAUGCUCCGCAACAAGAGAAGCCACCGCAAUGAGAAGCCCGUGCACCACAACGAAGAGUAGCCCCUGCUCACCGCAACUAGAGAAAGCAUGCGUGGAGCAAUGAAAACCCAACACAGCCAAAUAAAUAAAAUUUUAAAAAAUAAAAAAGAAUUCUUCAAUUCAGCGCACAUUCACACUAGAGUUUUUAGCAUUUUCUUUACCAGUUUUAUAAAGGUAUUUAAACUUUCUUUAGCAGCCAUUUUGAGUGCAUCAAUAUGGCUUGUAGAGUUCAGGUAUCUUCUGUGUUUGAUUGCAAACAUUUGAGUUUUGGUGCUUUCAGACAUAGUAAAAAGUUAUGCAUGUAAUACCAUAACAUUUUUGGUCUAUUGCUUGCUAUAUUUUGUUAAGAUUUUAAGUAAAAAUAUAUGACUUUAAAAUUUUGCAGUGUGAUGCAGAAAAGAAGUGAUGCCAAAAAAUUAUUUCUGUAUUAUCUGAUAUAGAACAGCAGCCUCCACUGCCAAGAAAGCCUGGGUUUGGAGGGGAAUGAGAUGGAAGAUGAAUGUCUCUGUUCUUUGCCUCUUUAAGAAUUAGCUUCUUACCUGCACAGAAUAAAAAAUCUGGCACAGAAAUAUUGUUAUAUAACAUCUUAUGAUGUGUGCCUCUCCCUCUCCCAAACCUGUUUAGAGUCAAUUAUAACCUGACAAACUAGACUUUUGUAACACCUUAAUUGUUAAGCCUGUGAAACCAUCAAAUCACAAGGAAAUGUUAAUUGGCAAGCAAUUGUGCUUUAGAUUUUGUGAGGAAUUAAUAAGACAAAGGUGGCUGAGUGGAUUAGUAAACUUUAGAACUGUGAACAGAGUUCAAACUAAAACCAGAAUGAGUUUGGCUCUUGUAGCUUGGUAAUGAGCCAUAGCUACCCACAAUAACCUAAUAAAAACUCAAGUUCAUCCCAAAAUGUUCCUCAGUGAAUGAAACUGGGCUUUCAUCAAGCUUUUUUUGGAAACUGGCAAUGCCCACAUAAUUUCACGUUGCAGGCUAAAGAUUUAUGUAUCUUUUGCUUACACUGAUGACUAACACUGAAUUUCACAUAUUCCUAAUAAAUGCAGAUGACUACACGGAGAACAUUUAUACCCGAGAGUAACUGUAGGUCUCCCUGCUGAGGAUGAAGUUUCUGGUUCGCUCAUUGAAAUGGGCCAGGGCAGUUUUGGCUGUGAAGGCAUCAUCAUCAUCAGUAAUCACCUAGAUGCAGCACUGGUCUGUAAAAGACACUUACACUGUCAAAUUGUAUAUAGUUUGGAUUUUAGAAUUUGGAUACAGAAUGCUAAAUUUAAAUGACACCAGAUUUUUGUUUGACUUCACAUACCAUUUAGAAGAUGCAAAAGGCUUCUCAGCUGGGAAAUCAUCUAUAUGUUACAUUCAAUUAUUAAUCCAGUUUGACGAAUUUUUGAGGAAGCUAAACUGAUGUAGUAAAUGAGCUGGUGAAAAAGAGCCUUAGUGAAUAAACUAGUAAAAGGCAGAAAUGAUAGCUACAAAGUAUGGAGUCACUGCUAGACUAAGAGGCUUGGAAAUGAGGACCUGAUAGGGACCAACAAAAUCAAUGUCAAGGGCCAGUGUCUUAUUUUGUUACUACUCAAAUUAAAAGGAGUACACAGAUUAGUAUAAAUACUAUAUUUAUUAAAUAUCUUUACAGUUUAUUUAAAUGUAUUUACAGAACUAUUCCUGCAUAAGUUAUACUUCAGACAUCCAAUUCAGGUCACUGCCUCUUGGGUAAGACAAAUAAUGAUAGUCUCAACAGAAAAAAGCAGCUCAUUAGUAUACACAAAUUCAGACUUGCUUCAUUAUUUAGCCAUCUUUGCCACAAACUACCUGCUUACAGUUAAAAUUUUGACAUGGACACUGUCGAUUUUUAGUUGAACUUCAAUUUUGCAAAGAAUUUAAUUUUUUUAAACAAUAGAAUCCAAAUGUUUUCUGCUUCACAUUUUGUUUUAUAAGCAGAUUUUGGUUUUUUGAUGUUGUAAAAUUUGUUAAAUGCAAAAAUGUGAUGGUUUCCAGGAAAAUUGGAUGCUGUAGCUUCUACCAAAGAUAGCUGGUAUAAGGUGACAAGGAACCAUGAACUUAAUCAGAAGUACAAACAUUUACAGUUCUAGCCUAUCUUGUUUACAAUCUCCAAAACGCUCAAAACUGACUCAGUGAAUUCCCACAAUUACUGCCUUGUUACAUGAUGUGGUAUGUUGGUGGUACUGAAGGCGGUACUGAAGGCUACUAUUCUAUCCAGAACGAAUGCAACCGAUGUGAUAAGACACUCGCCCAUCAUGCAAAGCUCGAAAUCUAGUUUCUAAUCUAGUUACAGCCCAACUCCCAGACAUGCACACCUGGAAUGGAUUCUUUUGUGAUUUAGUACCCAUCAACCAUGUCAAGCCAGUACAGUAAUUCAGGACAAGUAACUUGUUUUCCCCACCUCAUUUCUUCUUUCAGUUUUUAGGAGCCUAUGGACUCUACUGUGUAUCCAUUCGGUGAAUUCUUUUUUGUGCGCAGGCAGCUUAAGUUCACAGGAAGAAAUAAGGUUCUGAUAUGUUUAGAGUGCACACUUUAAAACAGAACAAAAUAAAAA